AUCUCUUAAUGCAAAGAAAUAAGGCGCUAUUUGCAAUUUACGAUUUAAAGCGACAAUAACACAAUUUUGCUAUUUAAUCAUUAAGUUUCACACAUAACUUGUCUCAAAAGCAAAUAUAAUCUUAUAAGCGAUGCGUCAGCUAAAGACAUCGAUGUUGCAAUGAAAUUAGGUGCUGGAAUACCUAUGGGUCCACUAGAACUGGCUGAUUUUACUGGUCUCGAUACAAAACAGGCUAUUUUAGAUGUAAUGUUACAGACCACUGGUGACCCCGUAUUUAAACCUAUUCCCUUGUUGGACGAAAUGGUCAAAGAAGGCAAAUAUGGAAGAAAAACUGGGGAGGUUUGCCGGAUAAAUGAGUGAUGUUCCGCAAAAGACGAAAGAAAGAAAACCUCGACGGCAGAGGUCCAUCUAUCAGGUCCAUUAUAGCCUCCCAGCUCGCACCGAGAUGACAGCUAAACCCCUUUCGAUGCCGUACGAGUCCCUGGAAGUCCAAAAAUAUGGCCGACAAGUCGCUGGCCACACCAGCACUGAUGUUAGCACCAAGUACUUAGGGCUUCUCCAAUGCAACAACGGAACAAUUCUAAAACCGAUUCUCAAGGAAUCACAAAAACGUGAAGUGGAUUUCUACACAAAGUUGUUCUCAUCGAACGACAAAGAUUUGGUUGAGCUCAGGGAAUUUGUGCCAAAAUACUUCGGAUGCAAGAAAUUCACUUACAAUGGAUUUGAACAGGAAUAUAUUAUUCUGGAAGAUCUCACGGAAAGGAUGCUGGAGCCGUGCAUCAUGGAUGUUAAGAUUGGUAAACAAACGUGGGAUCCCACAGCUUCACAGGAGAAAAUAGAAAGAGAGAAAAGCAAGUACAAGAAGUGCAAAGAGGAGUGGGGCUUCUGCAUUCCAGGGUACCAGGUGUACAGGUUGGACAGCGGAGCCCUGCUCAAGUACGGGAAAGACUACGGAAAAAAACUGCAUGGUCACGUUGUGACUGCAGCCAUCAAGAACUACUUGAACGGCUUGGGCGGUCGCCUCUGCCGCGCCUUGAUCUUGCAAUUCCUGUCCCGUCUCUGGGCCUUGCAGAGAUGGUGCUCGAGGCAGACCUCGCUGAGGCUCUACUCGACUUCCUUGUUGCUCGCAUAUGAUGCCGCCAAACUCAGAAGUUGCUGCGGGGAAACUGCUGCCUUUGAGGGGAAAAAAGAGAAAUGCCGCCCAGUCCCUCCGACGCGUCGUAGGUCAAUUCACUCUUUGCACAGCCCCCUGAGCGGAUCCAACUUCAGCGGGCUGCUGUCCCCCACGGGGCCCGUGUACAAAACUCUUAGUCCCUCGCGCCUCACAAUUUCUAAGCCUCUGUCCCCUCCCCCGGUCACGUCUCCCUGGACCGAAGCACUCGACAAGUUGAACCACAAUCAUUCCUUCGUUCACAACUACGAAGAGAAGCUUUGUAAGAUUAAAAUGAACUAUCGAGCUGUUCUCGACCAAUUGAGUCAAGAUUCCCCGACCCCCAACCUUUGGGGGACCGUCAAAGUCAUAGACUUCGCCCACGCCUUCUUCGGCGAGGACGAAGAGAGAGCUGUAGACGACAACUUCAAGGAGGGCGUAGACAGUUUUGUGGGCAUUUUUGAAGCGUUGCUGAGUGAAACGGAUGAUCAAGUGUUUUGAAUGGGAGAAAUUAUUUUUGUAUAUUGUAUUAAACGUAUUAUUAAUUAAUUAAUUUGUGGCGCAGAAACGACACAAAUCCUGGGUAUUUAAUGAAGUUUAGAGUCAUUAAAAGAAAGCCCACAAAUUUAUUAGAUCCUACUUUUGACAUAAAAAUGUGCCAAAUACUUUUAUAAUAUAUAAUAUUUUGGCUGAAAAGUUAAGUAAUUCAUUGUAAUGUAUUUUUAUUAGAAUAAUUUAUUUGUUAAACCCAAUAUUAAUUAUUGAACUACUAAAACUAAUGUCAAAUGUUUGUGAUAAUCUAUAGUUUCUAAUAUUUUAGUUCAAUAUAAUUUUAAAUGAA